CAGGGCAGGGGAGGGCAGUGCAGGGUAGCGAAGGGCAGGGGCGGGAAGGACGCUAUAUAAGCCAGGGCACCUCCCGCGCCGCUCCCGUACUGCCCACGAAACAAAUCGGACCGGGCAGCCAUGGCGGAAGACGUGGAUAGAGCGGCCGUAGAGCAGCUGACGGAAGAGCAAAAAAAAGAAUUCCGGGCCGCCUUUGACAUCUUCGUGCAAGACGCCGAGGAUGGCUGCAUCAGCACCAAGGAGCUGGGGAAGGUGCUGCGAAUGUUGGGGCAGAACCCCUCGCCAGACGAGCUCCAGGAGAUGAUUGACGAGGUGGACGAAGAUGGCAGCGGCACCGUGGACUUCGAGGAGUUCCUCAUCAUGAUGGUGCGCAGCAUGAAAGAGGAGAGCAAGGGGAAGUCAGAAGAGGAGCUGAGCGAACUCUACCGCAUGUUUGACAAAAACGGUGACGGCUACAUCGAUCUGGAGGAGCUCAAGGUGAUGCUGCACGCCACGGGGGAGGACAUCACAGACGACGAUAUCGAGGAGCUCUUUGCGGACGGAGACAAAAACGGCGACGGAUUUAUCGAUUACGACGAAUUCAUGGAAUUCAUGAAGGGAGUGGAUUAAUGGAAUCUUCCGUAUACCCCCUCGGAUAUUACGAUAACAUCUACAACAACAACCACAAACAACCCAAAAUACGACGUGCAUUCAUACACGAGUGAAACGAAAACUAUGCCUAGGCGACGAUAAGAGCCGUACAACAUAGCCAUGGCAUAGUGUGGCUUCUUCAACAACUAUAUCGCCUACACAUACAUAUGUAAAUCAUUACAACAGGGCCCUUGAGUAAGUUAACAAUGGCUUGGAUCGAGUUGGUCCUCCGUUUGCACCUUUGCUUUCGUGAAAAAACGCAACCCAGAAGGACGCAUGCGGCUCUUAUCUAGUGGCUGGCUCCACGCGAGCUUGAUGACUUUGUGAACGAGAUUAACAAACACAAACGCAGAGGAAACAUUGUGAAGUUACUUUCGCGGGCGUGCCCGCUUUCGAGCGCUAACGAUGUCCUGAAAAUAAUUUUAGAGUCGUUUUCUUUCAUUGUUAUUAUUGUUAACGAAGCGUCAAUAUUCUGUGAAUAUCCCGAGGUUCUGUAGUUACUAGAGAAGAGCUGCCGGUUUUCAUGUGGUCGCGUGUGAGGAUGUAAGCGCUCUGUGUAAGGUGUUGGACAUACAGAUGACAUCAACGCGAAGUCGAGAGAAUCUGGUAAAUCCAGAAACAGAAUUCUUCCAUUCAUAACAACCAAUUGAUGGCGUUUCUGGUUUAUGUUGAAAUACAAUGUUAUGUACAAUUUUACACUGUAGGUACCAGCGUACGAUUAUGUUAUACAGAUGAGAUUGGUCAAUUUUAUAACUGCUCGUUUCAAGAACUAAGCCUGUGUAAUAAAUAUAUUGUACGUGA